GAAGCGCUGCCUGGCAGCGUCCAGCACAGGAAGCAAUGGCGCAUCUCCAGCUGCAGGCAGCGGCCGUGGCGGUGCUGGCGGCGCUCGUGGCGGGGGUCUGCGCGCAGGUCGGCCCGGCGCAGAGCUUCGCCCGGCCCGACAGGCUGGACGUGGACAGCGCCAUCAACGACGAGGCGCGCUUCCAGGAGGCCAUGCGCUGCAUCCUGGAAGGCGACGACUACAAGUUCUGCGACCACCACACUGUCGGCAUCAAAUAUGAUGGCUGGCGGAUGCUGGAACGCGGGUGCAGCGGCCCCUGCACGCCGGACGAGCUGUCGGUGUACAGGUUCCUGGCACACGUGUCCCACAACAAGCCGGAGCAGUGGAAGCAGAUACUGGACAAGUUCGACGCGGACGGCAAGCUCAAGCAGAACAACAGCCAACAGUGGAGGGAGCACGGAAUUAAAGUGUAGUCCCUGCAGUGCGACGCAAGAAAAAAAAAAUCUGUACUGAACUGUUCCCAUACAAAAAAUAAAUAUUUUUUUAAAGAA